AUGGCAAUGAUGAUGGUAACGGAUCGACUGGUUUCUUGCAGCCAUCAUCCGAGGUCUCGGAACCUCAGCGCUCUGUGUUUACACCUAAUCAUGGAGGCCCCGACGACCAUCCAAGUGGAAGUCUAUGCCGGCCGCAAGAAAACAUCCCUUCUGCGCUCUCUGAAACUACCUAUCACGCUCACCUUUCCGCCUUCUCCGCCACCCACCGUUCGGGAUGUAAAAGCCUCCAUUGCUAAAGCGUUCCCCAAGCUUUACGUCGAUAGACAGAAGGUCUCCCUCCCUGAAGUACCCAAGGCACUCUCCGACGAGUCUGUCAUCAUUUUUGGACCUGCGGGGAAAGCCGAGUUGGUUUUGGGUGACUUGGGGCCACAGAUUGCCUGGAAGACGGUCUUUGUGGUUGAAUACGUCCGUGUUUCCGUUAUCAUCCAAUGUGUCCACCCGUCUCAUCGAACGAAGCUGGGACCACUCAUCAUCCAUCCCCUUUUCUACCACCUUCCACAACUCAUAUAUAGAACCGAUGUGCAGCAUAGCGCGUUGCAGAAGUCCGUCUAUGCCAUGUGUAUCUUACACUUCGUGAAGCGGGAACUAGAGACUCUGUUCCUGCUCCCAGUGUUCACAGAUUCUCGCAUGCGACCAUGCCCGCCAGAAACAUCUUCAAAAAGCGCUUCUGCUCACUACUGGCUGCUUUCGGGUGUCUUCAUUGCUUAUGAUAUCUACCGUCCUCGCUUCUCGGCACCUCUAGUUGCGGGUACUUGGCGCGAUGGACCAAUCCUCACACUUGGGUGGGCUUUGUGGGCGUUCGCUGAAUUGUCGAACUUCAAAACGCACAUGAUAACCCGUGCAUUACGACCGGCAGGCACCACCACUCGCGCAGUCCCGAUGGGAUACGGGUUCUCCGCGCCGUUCAAUUUGGCAGCUCCUAAUUACUUCUUCGAGAUCCUGGCAUGGACUGCGGUGUUAGGCAUGACGGGCAGUAUCGGAGCGGGCAUCUUCUGGGUCUUUAGUGCAGGGCAAAUGGUACAAUGGGCUCUGAAGAAACACCGCAACUACAAGAAAGAGUUUGGGGACAAGUAUCCUCGCAACCGCAGAGCCAUGAUUCCAUUCAUACUGUAAGAUAGAUAGGAUGAGGAACAAUCAAUUGUGCUCUACCGUCUUCACGUUGUCUGAGGAUUUGCGUGCGACACCCAUCUCCCGAGCCACAAUCUUGUCACCCAUGCUCUGUAUGCGGCUCUUGGAUGUUUUAGCGUCGGAGUUGUUCAAGCCAUGCUCGACCUGGGCCAGCAUUUUCUUGCCCACACCCAUCGGUAACCGUUCCCACUUGACACA